AUGGCUCGAAGAAGCGAUUUCCUACGGAAGAUUGCAGUUGUUGUUGCUGCUGCUGCUUUCUGCCCAGCCUGCCACGCACAAGCUGCCGACACACCCGUGGCUGUCGAACGCCGAUUGGAGCCGACCAGCAAGUAUGGCAAUCUGUCGGCCAGUACAUCCUCGGAGGCGCCUCGCGAUGGCAAUGACACCCGAGCGCCACUCGCUGCUGGAAGCGAAGGAGUUCGGAACGGAGAUGAUGGAUCUGGGUUAGCAGACUUGGAAGCCCAACAAGAAAUAAACAUCGAACCGAAGGACCAUGCGGCGACCGGGAUGUGCAACUGGGAGGGGAGGUGGAGGAGCGACGACGGACCAUUCACCACGCGCCUCCCUGUUUCUCUAGUAGACGGCGGCUCGGAUGAGCUCUACAUUCACGAAAGUGACAGUAAAGGUACACCAAGAGAGUCGUCCAGUGCUGGUGGUCUGGGUGGCCGAGGAGAGGAGGAGGAGCCGGCGAAACUUCCUCCACUUGCCACCGCUGAAGACGACCGUCCCGCUCUUUCUCGGGAAACGGACGACGCCAACGGGCAGCGUGAGACCUUAACUGGUACUAACAUCACCGAAAGCAAAAGCAUGGUGACGCCCGUCCUUCCAGAAGAUCACUCCGGGUCGUCCACUGACACAUCUGGGGCGGCACACAUGACGCGCGAGGUGCCGUUUGCGGGUCAAGCGGAGCACGACCCCUGGGAAGGGUACCAAAUCAUCGACCAAGCCGACCCGGUUCAGAGCUGGGAGAUACUGCGUGAGGAAUUGAAACGGAGGUAUGACGCACUAGAAACGAAGCUGGACAUCCUAAAGGCCGAAACUGAGAACGCGAGUCUAAAGCUGGUGAGGUUUAUGGAAGAACAGGAAAAGGAGUGGCAGCCAGCAGCAAGUCUGAAGGAGCUCGCGGCCUUGUCGGAGCUAAAACGAGACAUUGUCAAGGGCAAGCUCUUGUCCGGAGAAGAGGCGGGACGGGAGCGUCGACGGUUGCUCGAGCAUAAGCAUAACCAGACGUUAGCGAUCUCGGAAAUGGAACUCGAGCUUGCGAUCACCCUCGCCGAAGAAAAGGCUUCCUUGGCGGUCCAAAACCUGCGGGAGGAACAGAAAGGAUUGGAAGAGCUCAUCCCUGUAGAGGAGUCCCUGCGAAUGGCAACCGACGUCGCCCUGCUCCUGCUCGAUAUGGAGGCCGCCAAUCAGACCGCGAAGCUAUCCUCAGAUCGCAGGCUUGCCGAGGGUCUUGCCACUCUUCAAGCGACAAAGGAAGCCGAGCGGGAGGGAGAAGCAACGGACAAAGCUAGGAUAAGGGCCAAGGGGGCGGAGGCCAGGAGGCAGACACAGGCCGUCAUCGAUGAAACGUCGGCUUUCAUAGGAUCGUUCGUGCUGGCGACCACGUCCGACCCAAUCAAGCUAGCAAGGAUCAUGGCGGCGGCCCUAGGAAUAGCGUUCGCCAUACUCUUGGUCGGAAACUCCGUGACGCUUGCAGCGAUGGCGAUUCGACGGAGAGCCACCAAGCCGCGCCUCGUGAGAGAGUCGGACCUACCGGGAUCACCACCGGCAGCAGCCGUCGCCUGGAUUGCUCGACGCGGCCGCGCGGUGCUGCUUCCGUUGCUCGGCAAGUCGAGCCACUGCAGCUCGUCGUACCGCAGAGGAGCCCCCCUACCCCACGUGCUCAUCCACGGAGCCCCCGGGUCUGGAAAAUCGGUCCUCGCGCGACGCUUGGUCGGUAUGUGCGGCCUAAACACCGUCGUGGUCGCCGGGGGAGACGUCGGUUCCCUCGGUAGAAACGCCUCGUCGGAGCUUAGCGGGCUCAUGCGAUGGGCCGGCGGCGGUGGCGGUGGUAGCGGUAGCAGUAGGGGGAGAGGGGUCGCGGUGGUGAUGGAUGAAGCCGAAGCCGCUCUCGGCGACCGGAGAAAGAAAGGGAUGAGCGAGAACGCCAGGAGCGCGCUGAACGCCGUUCUUUUGUCUACGGGCGAGCUCCGAGCCGGGUUCCUGAUGGUCCUCACUACUAGUUGUCCACAGGAUCUCGACGAGGCCAUACUCGACCGCGUGGACGAAGUCGUCCACUUGCCGACCCCAGGAUUCCCUGAGCGAGCCCGGCUUAUCCGCCAGUACUUCUCCAGCUACCUCCACCACGACCCACCGGCCGACUUCUUGCGUGCAACGGCGGUGUUAGGAUCGGCGGAAGCACGAGCGGAGUUCGUAGAGUCAAGGAGGGAAGGGGGUCGGCCUACGGCGAUGGCGAAAGCGGCGACCGCCGCCGCCGCCGCCGCCGCCAGCACCACGCAGCAGCAUCAGCCAGAGGCUCACCUCCCUGCCGAUACAACGGAAGAUGAAAAGGAGAAUCCGAGGACUGGUGGUGGUGGUGGCGUUGUUCGCCUGAGCGACGGUUUCAGGGCUAAGGCGGCGGGGCUGAUGGCGAUGCUUGCGGUUCGGAGUGAGGGAUUUUACGGCAGGGACAUGGAGCACUUUUUUUCGGCCGUUCAGGCGGCAGUGUUCGGGUCAGAGGAUUGCGAGCUAACGGAAGCACUGUGGGCCAGCACGGAGCGCCAGAAGCUCAAAGAGUUCUCCGAGAAGCUGGUACUGACGGCCACCGCCGCGGCCAAGGCCGCCUCGAAACGAACCUCUGCGCCCAAGUCGUCGCCAUCACUACUUCAGCAACGGGGGGCAUGCACGACAACCACGACGUUAAGUGAUGCCACCAAGCUCGGGAUCGGGAGGAACGUCAGCAACGCGGGUACACACGAAGGAAGAAGGGCCCCUCCCCCCCCCGCCCGGGCCACCUGCGUGCGCGCUCUCGCAGCCGACGCCGGCGCCAACGCCGCCCCUUGCAGCGCCUCCUUUGGAGACGGCAGCAUCUGCGGCGUUGCUGCUAACUCGAAGGUCUCGUCUGACAGCGGGCCUCGGGGGCAGUCCACCGGCAAGGGGAACAACAGCGAUGCUGCCGCCGCUCUCGGAGGAUUAGCCCCCGGCCGUGCAGUAUUUGAAGCCGCCGCUUCAUUAUCCGAGGACAAGGCCGAGGAGGAAGAAAAAAUGGAGCUGAUGGUCACCUCGGUGGGGGCGUUACGCCCUCCGUGUGAUCCAGAAAUAACUCACCCUGAGAGGCUCACCGACUGA